UCCCCACCCUUCAUAUUCAAAUGGUCCAUAUGCAUUCCAUCAAUCCUAUCUCUCUCUCUCUCUCUCUCAUACCAUUUCAUAGUUUGUUCAUUUCUCUGUGAUGGCUUCAACCACAAAUGAGGUUGUUUACGAACUUCCUAACUUCAUUCGAGUAUACAAAGAUGGCAAAUUUGAGAGACUUAGCGGCACCGACGUCGUCCCUGCGUCCACCGACCCGGACACCGGUGUCCAAUCCAAAGACGUGAUCAUUUCACCCGAAACCGGCGUCGGUGCUAGGGUUUACAUCCCCAAAACCACCAACCCGGGUCAAAAGCUCCCCCUCCUCGUGUACUUCCACGGCGGAGGCUUCGUCAUCGAAACAGCCUAUUCUCCGACGUACCAUAACUAUCUCAACUCCCUCGUCGCGGAAGCCAACGUUGUCGUGGCGUCCAUCGACUACAGGAGAGCCCCGGAGCAUCUUCUCCCGGUCGCCUACGAUGAUUCGUGGACCGGGGUCAAGUGGGUUGCUUCUCACUCUAAUGGAGGUGGUGAUGAGGAGUGGCUAAAGGAGUACGCUGAUUUUGAACGGGUUUACUUUGCUGGAGAUAGUGCAGGUGCUAAUUUAGCACAUAAUAUGGCAAUCCGGGUCGGGCCAGGUGGGCUGGAUGGUAUCAAACUUGUUGGGAUUGUUCUAGUCCAUCCAUAUUUCUGGGGGAAGGAUCCAAUUGGCUCUGAAGACAUCAGCAAGAGAGAAUUCGUGGAUAAGUUGUGGGUUUACGUGAACCCAGGGACGAGCGGGUCUGAUGACCCGUUGAUCAACCCGGUUAUGGAUCCGAAAUUCCCCAGCCUAGGGUGUGCCAAGGUGCUCGUUUGUGUUGCUGAGAAAGAUCUGUUGAGAGAUAGGGGUUGGAAUUACCGUGAGUCAUUGGGUAAGAGUGGUUGGGGAGGAGUGAUAGAUAUUAUGGAGGCCAAAGAGGAGGACCAUGUGUUCCAUUUGUUUAAGCCCACUUGUGAGAAUGCUUUGGCCAUGCUCAAAAAAGUAGCUUCUUUCAUGAAUGAAGAAAAAGCUUAAACUUUGUUCUAUAUAUCAAAAUUUGCUCACACCCAUGUGAUGAAUAAAGCAAUAUCUUUGCAUAUAUAUGAAUUGCAUAUAGCAUCUUCUAGUGGGGACAUGUUUGUUUGUGUUGGAGUACUUUUAUAUAUGAAAAGUAAGGUGUGUUUCACUGAUUAAA